AUGGCUCCCGCAGUCACUGAAACGACAGAGUCUACCAUUCCAAUCAGGGAGCAUAUCACGUCCCAAAAGGGCCUCAAGAAGACACCUCUCAAAUACAGCGGUGCCCUCGAUGUGUAUGAGCACUUUGAUCUGACCCCAACCAUCGGCCGAGAAUAUCCUACCGCCAGGGUUACAGAGAUCUUGCGAGCUCCUAAUUCAGAUGACCUUCUUCGUGAUCUUGCCUAUACUAUAUCCUCCCGCGGCGUCGUAUUCUUCCGAAAGCAAGAUGACGUGACCGACGAAAUACAAAAGGAACUUAACCAGCGACUGGGUGAACUGGCCGGAAAGCCCAAGACCUCUGGCCUGCAUAUCCACCCCAUCGCCAACUCUAGUCGCGAAGAGGGUACGAAGGACGACGAAAUCAGUGUCAUCAGCUCUAAACAGCGCGAGAAGCUUUACAAUCAUCGCAAUGCACGUUCCCAAAGCGCUAGGAUUGAAUGGCACAGUGAUAUCACUUUUGAACCUAUUCCCAGUGACUAUACCAGUCUACGAUUGACCGUACUUCCAAAGACGGGUGGUGAUACUUUAUGGGCCUCCGGCUACGAGGUAUAUGAUCGCAUCUCUCCUCCAUACCAAAAGUUCUUGGAAGGCCUUACUGCAACUUAUGCACAACCAAAAUUCGAGGAAGUUGCACGAGACAAGAAUUUUGAACUUCAUCCGGGACCCCGUGGUGCGCCCGAAAAUGUUGGCAACAUACUACGAGCCGUGCACCCUGUAAUUCGUACAAAUCCAGUCACAGGCUGGAAAAGUGUUUUUGCAGUAGGAACUCAUUGCCAGAAGGUGAAUGGCCUCUCCCAGGAAGAAAGCGCCCAUCUUCUCAAGUGGUUUGUUGACCUCAUUGUUGAGUCCCAUGACUUGCAAGUGCGCUUCCGUUGGCAGAAUCCUAAUGACAUUGCAAUCUGGGAUAACAGAUCAGUGUACCAUGCCGCUACGUGGGAUAUUGAUGGCCAGGGUCCACGAUCUGGCCAUCGCGUUGUCAGCCUUGGUGAAAGACCCUACUUUGAUCCUGAGAGUACUGGAAGACGAGAGGCUUUGUUCGGUUAA